AUGACGGUGGCCAUGAUAUGUGUAGCAGGGGAGGGUGGGGAAUCCUUCCUGCCUGUGAUCGCCGUUGAACUUUUAAAACAGCACGAUAAGGUGUACAUCUGCUGCAAGUCCCAAGGGAUCCUCGACUCCAUCAUCUCAGUCGCCCCAAAGUGUGAAAGGGUGGUGAUGGAUGAACUGGAUUCGGUUGCAAUCGAGAAUUUCAAUGCCGUGAUUCAGUUCGUAUGUCCGAGUGGGAAGCAGCCUACGUCAGGCACCACGGCGCUCAUGGACUGUGAAAAAAUGACGCAGGUUCUGUUGCCGAGGAUGCGGGCCGGUUCGUCUUUGCUAUACCUCGUAGGAAUCAGCAACGACCUAAUGGAGGCUGCGUGCGAGGCCUACCUUCGCCAGAUGGUGAUCAAGUUACGGUACCAAUAUAUCCAUUCUGGAGUGCGGAUUGCCCACGUCAUUAGAGGGAAUACUAGUGGUAGCUUGCCCGGUAGCACCGCUGCAACUGGGAGUGCAAUUGGAAGAAACGUGUGCAAAUAUACCGAGCUGUUGCCCGAGGAUUUAGCUGAAUGUAUCCGGCAUAUAACUUCCUUGCCACCUUCUGUUUGUAUUAGCGAGAUCGAGGUGUUUCCCACCGACCAAGUGUCAGGUGGCUUCGCCUUCAGUUCGCAGAUUUUUUAG